AUGGACGAGGAGAAAUUGAUCAAGAGCGCUAAUUACGUCCGCACCGAGCUGCCUGUCCGCAUCGCACACAGGCUAAUGGACUUGCAAGCCCUUCCAUAUGUUGUGGUAACUCAGGAGGGCGUAGCUCGAGUCUAUGAGUUGUAUUGGUCUGCGUUUGAGAAGUUUCGGCGCUACCCUCAAGUCACCACUUUGGAAGAGAAUGAGGCCUUUUGUAAAUUUCUCGAGAGUGUGCUGGACGAGCAUGCACCCGUCAUACCAAGUCUGUCACUGGGACUUUCCCUUUCAUCUCCGCACCUUUCACCAGAUUCACUAGAUGCAUUCAUGAGACGCAUGCUCGUAUCCCGAAUCUCAAGGCGUGUUCUCGCCGAGCAUCACCUUGCGCUUUCGAAGUCCCUUGAAACUAAUAGCCUCAAUCACCCCGAGGACCCACACGUUGGCAUCAUUUACACUGCGCUCAACCUCAGACAUUCCAUUGACAAGUGUGUCGCGCUCUUGCAUGGCAGGCCACACGAUAUAGCCGAUGAGAUUGGGGAGAGCGUGCCGAAUCGCGGAUGGCCGGAAGUGAUUGUCGAUGGUCAUGUUGACACCAAAUUUUCCUACAUACGUGAACACCUCGAGUACAUCAUAUUUGAACUUCUCAAAAACGCAAUGACCGCUACUGGACUGAAUCACCGGAGUUCAUCUAACCUUCCUCCUAUACGAGCCACCAUCGUUGUUGGCGAGAACGACGUUGGGGUGAGAAUAUCUGACCAAGGUGGUGGACUCGCAUCAGCUCGGAUCAAGUCACCCUCCGAUCUCUUCUCUUUCUCUCACAUUCGCAAUGCAACACGCAUGGAUGACACGCGGCUGGGCGCACUACGCUCAGCUAGCUCGAGGGGCGUCAAAGCCACGGUUGCGGAGCAAAUACGCCCAUGGCGGACUGAACAGUCGAAUGUGAAUUCAAACGAUAAAGAUCCUGAACGUGAUGCUGGCAUUGCGCCACAUCCCAAAAUCGGGCUGGGCCUGCCUAUGAGCAACAUAUUUACAACGUAUUUCGGAGGCACCCUGGAGUUGGUUUCCCUGGAUGGAUGGGGAACGGAUGUCUAUUUACGCUUGCCCAAGCUGGGCACGAACCUUGAGGGUAUCGAAUUAUGA